CUAAAACAUAUUACUUACAAAAUGGGUUUGCACAUUCUCAGUAUUGUUAGACAAUAACAUACUGAAAAAAAGUAAUUCCCUGAAUUCCAUAAAAUAUUUACAAACCUAAUGUUUAGCAAAGGGAGAAUUCUGACUCUGUGACAAUAUAUUUCAGGAGGCCCAGGUGUUUGUAAGUAAAACCAUGAGCUCCAUUGCAGGCCUGUUUGUUAUUUACUGCCUGCAAAAGGUAGAGAUUCUUCCCACAUUGUCUGUCCUGAUUUCCUUCUCUCUGGAUUUUGCAUUUCAGUCCCUUUUCAUCCGUGAAUAGACCCUUUGACCCACCCUCUGGCCAGCUUAGGAUCCUAGGUCUCUCUAGGAACAUCCACUCAUUGUUUAUACACAUGAAGAUCUGUUUUUGGGGUCCAUCCACUGAAGGUAGCAUAUUGAGGUUGCAAAGUGGCUGUGUGAGGUGGGGAGCCAUGUUCACUGCUUGCCUGCACUCUCUGUCUAGGUGUGUCAAAGAUGUUUGAUCUCCAGACGAAGAUUAUGAUCUGCAUUGGUAGUAGCUUACUGAUUGCCACGAUCGUGCUGAUAUGUAUUGUCAUCUGCCUUUACUUCAAAGUAUCCGGUGAACUAAAAGCUGCCAAGAAACCUGAUGCUGUGGCUGUAAAUAAUCGGAGCGAGGUCGCGCGGGACAAGGCCAAAGUCAACCAGUGCAAAGUCAUCCCUACUGAGUCUUGCCGUGCCCUCCAGUGCUGUGAUCAAUGUAGAUUAUAUGGAAAUUGUGAUUCUCUGCCAUCUUGCUGUUGUGACAUAAAUGAGGGACUCUGACUUGGGAAUGAUGGGCAUGAAAAUCUUCAUGAGCAAUAUUUCUGUUAGUAGAAUGUUUUAUUACUCAAGUCAAAUUCUAGAGUGUUUACAUUAUAUAAUGCACCAUGUUUUAUGUACUUUUGAAUAAAUGUGUAACAUUGAAAAUAA